CAUACAGUGCAGUAGUCUGCAAAGAAAGUAGCAUCAGCCGAAGCCCAUCCAGCAGCGCGUUAGAGCGGCGAGACUGCGACCAAAGGGGCUCGUUUUUCUCAAAUACUGUUCACAACCCCGAGCGAACAGAAAACACGCGGACACGACGUGGGAAGAACAAGGUGCGUUUGGUCGCGCGCGAUACCGCAACGACUCACUGGUGUCUGAACGUUUAAUUUUGCGCACAGUGGAUCUAUGAGGACGCAGGCAGGGGUUUCAUUCUCAGCACCAGACGGAGGGAACAGGGAGUGAUUGAGCCCGCCGCCUGCAGCCCCAUGCCGGGCAUCAGCUCCACCGCGCCUCGGUAUGAAAACUGGGACAUGGACCACCUCGACCACUACCAACACUAUUUCUACGACGACCACGACCCGGAUGAGGAUUUCUUCAAGUCCACGGCUCCCAGCGAGGACAUAUGGAAGAAAUUCGAGCUGGUACCGACCCCGCCCAUGUCCCCCAUCAGGGCGGUGGAAGGGUCGGGGAGGGUCGGGCUGGUGUACCCGUCCCUGGGGGACAAGCUGGAGUGGGUGUCACAGUUCCUGGGACAAGAAGACGACCAGCAGGAUCUGCCUUGCAAACUGACCACGGCUAGUGACUCCUUCGGGAACCUGAGCUCCAUCAUCAUCCAGGACUGUAUGUGGAGCGGCUUCUCCGCCGGACAGCAGCUGGAGAGAGUUGUAGGGGAGAGGUGCGCGUCCUAUCCCGGGACGGGGGCCGCCGCUGCCGCUGCCGCCGCCGCCAAAGUCGCGGCGGCGGCGGUGGCGGCGACCGGGUCUGCAGCUCCGGCUCCUGCGGGGAAGGCGCAGUGUGCCUCCGGGGACGGGGCUGCAAUCAGCGGGCUGGCGGCGGACUGUGUGGACCCGGCCGCGGUGCUCACGUUCCCUGUGGGCGGAGGAUGCAAGAAACAAGUGUCUUCUGGUUCGGAAUCCCAUACAGACUCAUCAGAUGAUGAGGAUGACAAAGAUGAGGAUGAAGAGGAGAUUGAUGUGGUGACAGUGGAGCACAAGCAGCAACGCAAACCUCGUCGACUGGUCAACAGCCGAAAACCUGUGACCAUAACGGUGCGAGCCGACCCCCUCGACCCCGGAAUGAAGCGUUUCCACAUCUCUAUUCACCAACAGCAGCACAACUACGCUGCACCCUCCCCUGACACACUCCCCGCUCCAGUGGAACCACCACGAAAAAGGGUUCGCCAGGAGGCCUCCCAGGUGUUUCAGCUGCACCAGAACUCUCAUUACCACCAGCCUCAGCCUGGCCAUGCCCCCCUGAACUUAGACAGCAGAAAGUCUCAUGUGACCAUGGCUGGAGUAAGGUCAGAGUCACCCAGCCUCAGCGCCUCGUCUCCUACCUCCGCUACAUCUCCUUCCUCUCCUCCCUCCUCCUCCUCAUCCUUUCACCCCCAAAGCUCUCCCUCGAAGCCUCACUCCCUGUCCCACCUCUCCAGCCCUCAGUCUUCUGACUGCGAGGACACAGACAAACGCAAGGCGCACAACUUCCUCGAACGCAAACGACGGAACGACCUGCGCUCACGCUUCCUGUCGCUGCGGGACGAGAUCCCAGGCUUAGCGGACUGCCCCAAAACCCCUAAAGUGGCGAUCCUGACACGCGCCACAGAGUACCUGCAGCAGCUGCACAUCAGCGAGAGGCAAAAAGCUCAAGAGAGGAAGCAGCUGAAAGCAAAGCAGCUACAACUUCUGCAGCGGCUGGCACAGCUGAAACGAUCCUGAGAAAGAGGGUCAGCUGUCACCAUGCAUUCUCUCACAGAAUCAUAUGGGACUACAUGAAGAGAAAAGACACUAAUGUUCACUUUGAGUUGGUCACAUUGGAAUGGUGCGGGUGGAUUUGUUUUUUCCUUUUUUUUUUCUCUGUUUGUGGUUUGCACAUUAGCUUCUGAGUGAUUGACAAGGCCACAAGCCAGUCAGGAUAGCAAGCCAGAGACUGAUUUUAUGGGCAGAUUAAGUUCAUGGUUAUUCAAUACAACUUUGUCAAACUGUUAACUCCCCUUGCUACAAAUUGUUGAAAAUUGUUGCCUGCUACCAGAAGCCUUGCUGUCAAUGCAGGAGCUUCUACUUGAUAAAUUGCUACAAUUGUGCUGUUUCAUUGCUGCAUGGUCUGGUCAAAUGUCUCUGAUUGUGAUAGGACGUUAUCAGUCCAAAGACCUCUGAAGUUUCUUUGUAGAUUUCUAAAAUGUCAUAUACGUCUCUAUGUUUGGCAUUCAGCACACAGUUCAUUCCUGUAUUGUGUUCUUUCAGGUUUUUUUAUUCUCUCAUUCUUACUACUUCUAUUCUUUAGAAUUUUUCCUAUGGUCAUCUCAUUCUCAAUCUUUUUUUUCCCGUUUUUUCUAUUCCAAGUGUUCAUUUCACUAUGCUUAUAGAAAUGAAAGGGGUCAUACUAUCACAAAUGAAAUGAUUCAAUAUAUGUUCUGCACCUUUUUGGAAUAACGUGUUAAACUUCUGUGCCUGCAGGUACCAUUAAUGACUUAGGUGUAUUUUUUUGCAUGUGGGAUGUUCUGACUGCAGCACCAUGCCCACAGCAACAGCCUGUUUUGUAGCAUUAUUUGAAGAAUCUAUGUUGCCAUGCAGGCAUUUUGGAGACUAUUUUUAUGCAAAAUCUGCAAAAA